UUAGAGGCUGACGUCGGCAUUGAAGUCAAUACGGUUACAGAAAUUGAAGCACGGAAGGAAGCAUUGAGUGCUUUGAUCGAAGACACAAGAACGUUGGAAGAUAAAUCAGACUUAAGUAUCCAACAAGCCAAGUUUGCAGUUUUACAGGAUAACCACAUGAGAAGUAUUGCUGACCGCUUGAAAGGAAUAAAAGAGGAGUUCAAUCUUUGCGCAAAGGUCCUACUUGAACAAUCAAGCGAAUUAAAAAGCAUUACCGCGGGAGUUCAUGCAAAUACAAAGGCAUUUGAAGCUUUACAAAAGGAACUAGUGCAACAAUCCGAACUGAUCCGUGGUAUCGAAGUUACUACUGUUAAGACCAACAUAGUUGUAACAAAAAGCUACAAAACGUUGAAAGACGUGGAGUGCGAUGUAAAAACGAUUCUACUGAUAUUCAAGGAAAUUCUAAAGUAUAAUAGACCUCACGCCAGAAAUAUUAAUGGGACGAUUGUUGCUUAAAUAAUGGGGGCAGCUAACGAAAAGCAUUUAUCAAAUGAAAUUGUACAGGCAAUCCGCAGUCAAAAAUUUAAUCCCGAUCAAGAAGCUAACGGUGAUAUUGACACUGUUCUUAUGGAUGUAAUAAAAGCUGUUGAAACGGACGGAGAUGAAAUGAUCGAUGUCCGACCUGGUAGCAUAAUCAUUAAGAUCCUAUGCCAGUCCAUGUCCAACUGGAUAAACUUAUGCGAGAAAUGCAUUGAUGGCAGGAUGACACAGCUGUUCAAAUCGUUACAAGAUCACUUGAGAAAAAGCACAAGCUUUGGAAAUCUAACAAUUACGGUCGACAUGUUGGAAUCAGAUUUUAUUGAAUCAGUUGACACAAUUGUCAAGCAGUUAUAUCCAUACAUGAUUGCUGCCUUACCUCACAACAUAGAAAUGCACCGUCCAGAUGGAAUUGAAAACACAAAAAAUGUACAGCAUAUGAAUGCUAUGUUAAAGUGUCUGCUGGAAAAAUCACACCAGUAUUCCCAUCAAAAACCACAAAUGCAGAUCGACAAUGGUCUAACAACAUGGUUCACAGUUGACCAAACUUGCAUGGAAACCAAAACCCAUCAGAAUGAAACACCGCCGACAAGUGAAACUUUGUUGGUUCAAAACACCUUUUCAGGGAGGCACACAGACCUAAACGUUAAGGAAGAUGUAAAAUCGACCGACUUGGAAGCUUGUGAUCGUAAAAUUGAUAUAAAUUGCGGCAGUGAUGGGCCAGAAAACGGAAAUAUACAGAAUGUCAUGUCUUCCGGACAUGACGCAACACAACAGGACAUGGAAAAAGAUCACUUAAACAAACAGGAAGAAAACGCUGAACUGAUCUGUGAAAUUGCAGAGUUGUGUAAUCGGCCGGACAGAAAAGAUCCAGAGGUUCUUCUUCUUCUGGGCAGCGUCGGUGCAGGAAAGAGUGCAUUGGUGAACACCAUCAUCAAAGCCAUGACGGGAAAAUAUAUUCACAAAGCCAAAGCUGGUUACGGGAACGUGGCAUCAAAAACACUGGCAUUUGAAUGGUUUGAAAACUGUGGGAUUGAGAAGUAUGAUCUCCAAGGUCUACAAAAAGAAGCAUUUUCCAAUUGUCUGCAUAAGUUGCCUAACAUCAUAAUCGUUCCAGGGAUGAGUGUUGAGCAAUCUGCCAACAUACGCGAAUUACUCGAGGCAGUAUUUGGAGGAUUCAUUCCUCCCAGAACAUCGGUUAAGUACUUACAAAAGUUGCAGAAAGAUUAUGGUGUAGAUUGCUUACAAAAAAUGUACCCGAGCAAUAGCAAGGAAUGGGCGGUAACAAGAGUUGUGUUUGUUGCAAGUGCCUUUCAAUCACUGCCGACUGCAUUAGUCGAAAUCGUCCGAAGUUUAUUAGAAACUCACGACCAGGCAACAGGAUAUUUCAAAUACAAUAUUGACCUGUUCGUAGUCAUCACAAAGUGUGAUUUGGUGGAAGGGUUCAACACUUCUGAAAAGACAUCAGACUCAAACAUGAUUAAACGGCAUCAGUUUAAGGAGAUGGAGAAUGAAGUUGCCAAAGAGUUCAGCAUAGGCGGUGCUAUGGAACAUAACAGCAUCCGUUGGCAAAGCUAUGUGGACGGCCGAUGUUUGGACGAUCCGUACAUCGACAACAUAGCUCUCAAAUUCGUGAGGCAGAUGAUGCAACCUAGACGAAGAAGACAUCCGGUUGAGAGUGAUAAAACGCCUGUGCUUACACCACAAAAGAUGUUUUUAUUUAAACUGACGAAGGCGGUAAAUGACAUGAAUGCGGAUGAGAAACUAGCCUUUUUGGUCGGUAUUUUUGUGGCUUUGGUUGUUGUGUACGUGUCGUUGUCUCAAACCGUUAAGACAGCUAGCUGAUUUGAAAGCUUGACAACACCGGCAUUCGUUUUGCCAAUAUAUUGUGUUUUGUUAAUACCGGUGUAAAAUACAUACAAAUAUGUAUUAAAUAGUAUUUUAUGAUUUAAUAUACAUGUAUUGAUUUUUUUGUUAUGAUGUUUUAAUUGAUGUUAAAUACUCGUCCGAAUGGAUACAUGUGUUGUUGUUGUAAUAAUGAUAUUGUCAUUGAUGUUUAACAUUCGGCAAUGAAAAAUUUAUUUUCGUAUUGCUGUUUUAUGUCUUCACUGAGGUUAUUCAUUCGACGAUCAAUGGAUACUUGUACUGAUGUUGUAUUAAUGAUGUUUUUAUUAACGGUUCAUCAUUCGACAGCGACUGGAUUCGACACCCUUGAAGUUAGACAGUGGUAUUUAUCUAAUGUUUACGUAUUGUCAUGACAUUUUUACAAAAUCAAUUUAGACUGCAAAUUCAAUCGCUUUGUCCUUACUUCAUCUACAUGUGUUCUUGUCAUGAAAUGUAAGUUUCAGUAACAUUUCCAUUUGAAUGUGUUGAUAUCAUAUUAUGACAUUUGCGUGUGUGAAACAUUUUAAUGAGAUAUAUUGACAAUUGUUUUGCAAUUGAACGAAUGUCUGUUUAAUCAAUAUGGUAAACAAUUCAUAGCUUAUUUAACACAUUUAAGGCUCUCAAUAAGCAAACGUUGUGAACAUAUUUUGGUAUCGUAUUAUUUUUCAAUGAUAAACACAAAAAAAAUAUAUGUCUUAUGCCAAUUUUAUGUUUUAAUGGAAUUGUGUCUGUUUGGUGUAAUGCAAAAUGUACAAAUUGUUGAAAGGUAUUCAUAAAACUGUAAGCGAAUGCCAAGCACAUGUAUGCAGGGUUAGCUUUCUUUGAAUCUCUUUGACGAUCGGUAUGUCUGUCCGUCCGUCCGUCGAUCAGUGGAUUCCAAAUUUUGUCCGCUCUCAAACAAGCCGUUGCAUUUAGUGAUUUUUAAAUACCUUUACUACACACACAUUAUCCAGUUUGAGAAGGCAAGAAAACAAGCAUGCAUGAAACACAAGGCUGUCUUUUAGACAUCGGUCACACGUUCAGGUAACAUUUAAACUCUUCACAACCACUAAAAUCAGUAUCAACGUGAUAUAUAUUGAGUUAUUGACCAUCUGUUAUUCAAGCCUAUUUACGCACAUUACUUAUAUACGCAGAAAUCAUUAGAUCGAUUGUGCUCUCCUGUGGUUUUGAAUAUUCAGUUAUAGUAAGGAACGUUUACGAAUGGUUUCCACCUGAAUACAAUUCAGAAAAUGGAAGACUCUUCGAUUGACAUAAUCCAUAAAAUUACACAUUCAUGCAACACAAAAAAUGUUGUAGAUCAACAAUUCAAUCUUCGUUUACAUAAAGCAUUGUUGUAAAACAUUCAUAUCGAUAUGUUCAUGCAUAUGAUGCUUCUAUAGCCAGUAAAAUAAACAUGGAAUGUAUUUCAAAAAUCUAGGAAUUACCUAGAUAGAGUCACUCUCUUUGUUUUUAAACUCUCAUGGUCGUGUUUGCGUUCUUUUGCGUUCUUUCUGUAAAGGAUUGUAUACAAAACAGGUGGAAUGAUGCGUUUACGAAUAAAAACACGUACGUC